AUGUCAAAGGGAGACAGUCGCGCUAAAAAAGUCGAAUAUUUCGAAAAGCUCAAAAAUUUAUUGGAACAAUAUACUUCCAUUUUUAUCGUAAAUGUUGACAAUGUCGGCUCUAACCAAAUGCACCAAAUCCGUCAUAGCCUUCGUGAAAAGGCUUCUGUGUUGAUGGGAAAGAAUACUAUGGUCAGGAGAGCAUUAAAAACUUUGAUCCCGGAUAAUCCUCAAUAUGAAAAACUUUUACCUCAUGUGAAAGGUAAUAUUGGAUUUGUGUUCACUAAAGGGGAUUUAAAAGAAACAAGAGAUUUGAUUUUAUCGAACAGGGUCCGAGCACCUGCUAAAGCUGGAGCAGUCGCUCCAAUUGACGUAUUCGUCCCAGCAGGUAACACCGGUAUGGAACCAGGAAAAACCUCAUUCUUUCAAGCACUUGGUGUUCCUACCAAAAUCGCUCGUGGUACAAUUGAAAUUAUCAAUCAAAUGCAUUUGGUGAAGGCAGGUGCUAAAGUUGGUGCAUCCGAAGCUACUUUAUUGAAUAUGUUAAAUAUUUCCCCAUUCACAUAUGGGUUGACAGUCAUACAAAUUUAUGAUAAUGGUACUACAUUCGUUCCAUCCGUUCUUGACAUCGAGGAAUCUACUUUGAUCGAUCAUUUAUUAAGUGGUAUUAAGACGAUUGCAGCCAUUUCAUUGCAAAUUGGAUAUCCUACAAUUGCAUCGGUCCCUCAUUCACUUAUUAAUGGGUUCAAGAAUUUGUUGGCUAUUUCUAUUACUACAGAUUAUACUUUUGCAGCAUCUGAGAAGAUUAAAGAAUAUCUCGCAGAUCCAUCUGCUUUUGCUGCCGCCGCAGCACCGGUUACUGAAAAAGCUGAAACAAAAGAAGCUGCACCAGCCAAAAAAGAGGAGGAGGAAGAAGAAGAAUCCGAGGGUAGUGUAGGAAUGGGUG